GGUUACCAAUUGUUGUUUCAAAAUUGUGCAAUCAAGCAAUCAAGCAAUCAAUCAACCAAUCAAUCAAUCAAUCAAUCACGCAAUCAAUCAAGCAAUCAAUCAAGCAAUCAAUCGCAAUCAAGCAAUCAAUUUCUCUUUUACCGCCCUAACUUCCAUCAGUUCCUUUAACGACAACAAAGGAGGAAAACCCUGAUACAUAUGCCAUGUUCGAUUUCACUCCAAUCAUAAUCCGAUUGAUCCACAGUUUUGGCAAUCAAUCAAUCCAUCAAAUCAGGCACUCGAUCAAUCAAUCAAUCAACGAAUCAAGCAAGCAAUCAAGCAAUCAAGCAAUCAAGCAAAUCAAGCAAAUCAAGCAAGCAAUCAAGCAAGCAAUCAAGCAAGCAAUCAAGCAAAAUUCAAUCUAGGAAAGAAGCGAAGUAUUAUCCUCCCUCGCUUCAGCUAAUCAUCAAUGGCGACGGCGGCGGCGGCGGCGGCCGCAGCUGCAGCUGCUGCUGCCGCAUCAGCGGGUUCCGCGAGUAUUCCCGCGCAUUUCUUGCUUAUGUGUACAGGCCAGCUGGAAAGUGCAGAUAUACCUAAUUGCCGUAAUGCCUACUGCAAGCUCAUGCUCGUCAGCGGCAAUGAUUGGCACCUCGUUGAUGGCCUCGAGGACGGGAUCACGCAGAUCGCUCGCCAGUCCUCCUGCUCUGACCUGCAGAGACUGGUCUGGAACUUUCCUAUUGAGGUAACCUACAAGUCUACCAACCCGUUCGGUUGGCCGCAGUUAGUGCUCAGCGUCUUCGAGGUCGACGCCUUGGGUCGGGAUAUCAUCCGGGGUUAUGGGUGUAUCCACCUCCCGAUCAAGGCGGGCCGAUACGUGCGCAAGGUCCGACUGUACCGUCCCGUCUCCUCCUCCUUGUUGCAGCAAUUUACGUCUUGGGUCAUGGGAAUGCCGGCGGAGUUCACUGAUCCUAGACUACCUAGCAUGGGAGAAGGGCGAGAGGUGACACGUGUAUCGUCGUCGGGAUCUGCCUUCGUUCAAUUCAACAUAAUCACCAAGGAUAUGGGCUUAUUCGGCUACUCUGAAACUCCGGGACCUGAAAGAGGAGGUACACUGACGUCAGACGGCUUCCACCUCAUGUAAGGUGGAGUGAAGGCAUCAGACGGAAGUGCCACGUCAGCAAAACUUCCACGUCAAGACAACUUCCACGUCAACACAGCUUCCACAUCAGCACAACUUCCACGUCAGACGGCUUUCAUCUCAUGCGAGGAGGGAACAGAUCAUGGGAAAGCUCCACGUCAGCAAAAGUUGGAAAUCAGCCGUUCACAUCAGACGGGUUCCGGACUUGCCACGUCAGCAAAACUUCCACGUCAACGAAACUUGCCACGUCAGCACAAUUUCCAGUCAGAGGGCUUGUGUCUCAUGCCAGGGGGGAAGAGAUCAUGGGAAAGCUUGACGUCAGCAAAAAUUCGACGUCCCGCUCUCACGUCAGACGGCUUCCUGCCGUAUGUGAGAAGGGAGGACAUCCUAGGGAAGCUCCACGUCAGCACAACUUCCACGUCAACAAGUCCACGUCAGCACAAUUUCCACGUCAGAAAGUCCACGUCAGUACAACUUCCACGUCAGCAAGUCCACGUC